AUGAUGUUGCCACCUGCACUUUGUUCCCACUGUCAAGAGCAGCGUCACUGCGAGUUACGAAGCAAAAAUCUGAUGCUGGUGGACUUGAGAGUCAACUUUGUCGUGUGCCAGCUCUUCGCCUUGCUAGCAGCCGUUUGGUUUCGAACUUACCUCCAUUCAAGCAAAACUAGCUGUUUUAUAAGACAUGUCGUUGCUACCCUUUUGGGCCUUUAUCUUGCACUUUUUUGCUUUGGAUGGUACGCCUUACAUUUUCUCGUACAAAGUGGAAUUUCCUACUGUAUCAUGAUCAUCAUAGGAGUGGAGAACAUGCACAAAUAUUGUUUUGUGUUUGCUUUGGGAUACCUCACAGUGUGCCAAAUUACUAGAGUCUAUAUCUUUGAUUAUGGACAAUAUUCUGCUGAUUUUUCAGGCCCAAUGAUGAUAAUUACCCAGAAGAUCACUAGUUUGGCUUAUGAAAUUCAUGAUGGGAUGUUUCGAAAGGAUGAAGAACUGACUGCAUCACAGAGAGGUCUGGCUGUAAGACGCAUGCCAAGCCUCCUGGAGUACUUAAGUUACAACUGUAACUUCAUGGGCAUCCUGGCAGGCCCACUCUGCUCCUACAAAGACUACAUUACUUUCAUCGAAGGCAGAUCGUACCACAUGACACGGUCAGGCGAAAACGGAAAAGAAGAAAUACAGAACGAGAGAGCAGAGCCAUCUCCAAAUGUUGCAGUUAUUCAGAAGCUCUUAGUCUGUGGACUUUCCUUACUAUUUCACUUGACCAUCUCUAACACCUUACCGGUGGAGUAUAACAUCGAUGAGAAUUUUCAAGCUACCGCUUCAUGGCCAACAAAAGUCAUCUAUCUUUACGUCUCUCUUCUGGCUGCCCGACCCAAAUACUAUUUUGCUUGGACAUUAGCGGAUGCUAUUAAUAAUGCUGCGGGCUUUGGUUUCAGAGGAUAUGAUGAAAAUGGAACGGCUCGUUGGGACUUAAUUUCCAACUUGAGAAUUCAGCAAAUAGAGAUGUCAACAAGUUUCAAGAUGUUUCUUGAUAAUUGGAAUAUUCAGACAGCUCUUUGGCUCAAAAGGGUGUGUUACGAACGAGCCUCCUUGAGUCCAACCAUCCAGACGUUCGUUCUGUCCGCCAUCUGGCACGGGGUUUACCCGGGGUAUUACCUGACGUUUCUCACGGGAGUGGUGAUGACACUGGCAGCACGAGCCAUGAGAAAUAACUUUAGACAUUAUUUCAUCAAACCUCCCCAGCUUAAAUUAUUGUAUGAUGUUAUAACGUGGAUAGUGACUCAAAUAGCAAUAAGUUACACAGUUGUGCCAUUUGUACUUCUAUCUGUAAAACCGUCAUUCAUGUUUUACAGCUCCUGGUAUUACGGCCUGCACAUUGCUGGUAUCUUAGUAUUAUUGUUGUUGCCGGUGAAAAAAACUCAAAGAGGAAAGAAUACACAGGAAAAUGUUCAGCUGGCACGAUCCAAAAAGUUUGAUGAAAGAGAAAAUUCCUUGGGACAGAAUAGUUUUUCCACAACAAACAAUGUUUGCAAUCAGAAUCAAGAAAUAGCCUCUAGACAUUCAUCAUUAAAACAGUGA